GCUGACUGCAGCUCCAGCCGCCGCCCGCGUCUCUCCGGCCUCCGAGCCCCGGCCGCCGCCAGCACCAUGGCCAGCACCGUGUCGGCCUACAAGGAGAAGAUGAAGGAGCUGUCCGUGCUGUCACUAAUCUGCUCCUGCUUCUACUCACAGCCUCACCCCAACACCAUCUACCAGUAUGGGGACAUGGAGGUGAAGCAGCUGGACAAGCGAGCUUCUGGUCAGAGCUUUGAGGUCAUCCUCAAGUCACCUUCUGACCUGUCCCCGGAGAGCCCUGUGCUUUCCUCUCCCCCCAAGAGGAAGGAUGCCUCCCUGGAAGAGCUGCAGAAGAGGCUGGAGGCCGCCGAGGAGCGGAGGAAGACUCAGGAGGCACAGGUGCUGAAGCACCUGGCGGAGCGGCGUGAGCACGAGCGCGAGGUGCUGCACAAGGCGCUGGAGGAGAACAACAACUUCAGUCGCCAGGCAGAAGAGAAGCUCAACUACAAGAUGGAGCUCAGCAAGGAGAUCCGCGAGGCGCACCUGGCGGCGCUGCGCGAGCGGCUACGGGAGAAGGAGCUGCACGCGGCCGAGGUGCGCAGGAACAAGGAGCAGCGGGAGGAGAGGUCGGGCUGAGGCGCGCGCCCGCGGCCGCCCGCCCAGCUGUGCGCACGCGCCCUCGGUUCCUCUCCCGCCCUGUCCUCCGCACCCCCCGCUUCCAGCGGCCCCCCGCGCCCUCGUAGUGUCCCCGGCCGCGGCCCCGGAGGGGUCCGACGCCAGGCCGGGCGUGGCCGGCCCUCUUAGUGGAUGUGUUGGCAACCUUAAUAAAGCUAGUGGAAGUG